AUGAAGGCGGCUAAAUGUGGUAACGCCGCCCGGCCCGGUCUACGUAAAUGUUAUAAUAAAUUUAUCGAGCGCGAAUUGUCCAUUGCUAAUGUUACUAAUACCAGACGUAUGAUACCGAUGCUUUGUUGCGAGUUCAAUAAACUACGCGAAUGCUUUAAGGCCGAGGCCGAGGAGGUGAAAAUAUGCACCCGUCGUACCAUUGACUUUGUCGAGCGAUACGCCCUCGAGAUGUUUGGCGAGAUAUUAAACAUCAUGUGCUACGAGUACCAAGAUUCCAGCGAUCGUUGUGACAAGGUAACACGCGAGAUACCGCAGCUCGAUUUUGACGGGGUGAAAAAACCGCGAUCAUUCAUACCGCCCAUGCUUGACAUAUUGAAAUUGAUCGGGGAUGAUUUUUGAUAUGGUUAUUUAAAUUUCAGCGCUCCUCAACCAGUUUUUAAUGUGAUUGGGGUAAUU